AUUGGGAAUUCCUGCACGUGGAACUGUAACUAUGGACCAAGACGCAGUUGUUGUGUCAAAGAAGGAGAAGAAAAGUCAGUUGAUGUUGGAGCAGCCCAACAUGACACUGACUUCACAAUUUUACCCAGCAAAGCUUCAGAAACAUUGCAUACAUCUCAAUGGCCUUUACUCCUAAAGAAUUUUGAUAAAUUAAACUGUCGCACUGGUCAUUUUACUCCUUUGACAUCUGGUUGCUCACCUUUGAAAAGAGAAUUAAAAGAUUAUAUCUCGAGUGGGUUUAUAAAUCUUGACAAACCAGCUAAUCCAUCAUCACAUGAGGUUGUCGCUUGGAUUAAAAUUUUACGAGUUGAAAAGACUGGUCAUAGUGGAACUUUGGAUCCAAAAGUAACAGGAUGUUUGAUUGUUUGUAUUGAUCGUGCUACACGUCUUGUGAAAUCUCAACAAGGGGCAGGAAAAGAAUAUGUCUGUGUUGCACGUCUUCACGAUGCUCUUGAAGAUGAGAAAAAACUAACACAGGUUAUUGAACAAUUAACAGGCUCGUUGUUUCAACGUCCACCCCUAGUAGCAGCUGUAAAAAGACAACUGAGGCGGACGAUAUACGAAAGCAAGCUGUUUGAAUAUGAUAAAGAACGACAUUUAGCUGUCUUCUGGGUAAAGUGUGAAGCAGGCACUUAUAUCAGAACAUUAUGUGUCCAUCUUGGUUUUCUUCUUGGUGUUGGAGCCCACAUGCAAGAGUUAAGACGUGUGAGGUCUGGUAUACAGUCUGAACAGGAAGGAAUGGUAACCAUGCAUGAUUUACUUGAUGCUCAAUGGGUUUAUGAUAACUAUAAAGAUGAAACCUAUUUGCGUCGGGUGAUCAAACCCUUGGAAGCAUUGCUGACCUCUCAUAAACGUUUGGUUAUCAAAGAUAGCGCUGUGAAUGCAAUAUGCUACGGAGCUAAGCUUAUGGUUCCUGGCCUGCUACGUUUUGAAACUGGCAUUGAACUGAAUCAAGAAGUUGUUAUGAUCACGACUAAAGGCGAAGCAAUAGCUUUAGGAAUUGCUUUAAUGACAACUGCAACCAUGGCAAUAUGUGAUCAUGGUGUUGUCGCUAAGAUCAAACGAGUGAUAAUGGCGAGAGAUUGCUACCCACGAAAAUGGGGACUGGGAGAAAAGGCUUUGGAAAAGAAGAAGUUAAUUGCGCAGGGAAAGCUUGGCAAAUAUGGAAAACCUAAUGAAAAUACACCACAGAAAUGGUUACAGGACCAUCCUCAUAUUACGGAUAAACCUGAUGAACUACCUGUAAUAAGGACGGAGUCUGUUAAAGGCGUUUCAUCUUGUGAUAAACGUAAACGUGAGAGUGGUGAGGAUUCUGAUGCGAGUGGAGAAUUAUCAAAGAAAGAACUCAAGAAGAAAUUAAAGAAAGAAAAGAAAAAGAAGAAAAAAGCGAAAUUGGAUGCCAGUGCUGAAGAAGAACAGGAGUCGACGAGCAGUAAAAAGAAAAAGAAAAAGGAGAAGAAACAUGUAAGAACAGAAGAAUCCGACUGAAACAUCAAAGUUGCUCAGACUUAUCUAGAUUAAAACCGAGUGAGGUGAUCACACGAUACAACAUGUCAACGUUAUUGCAUAGAAAUAUUUCUAUGCUCUGUACAUUAAUAGCUCUAAGCAUCAUCUGAAAAUGGAAGUAACGAGAUGUUGCAAUUAUCUGCAAUUGUAUAAAUUGAAGCCGUUAUUUGUAUAGAGGAUUUUAGUUGCAAAUGAACACGAAGUAGUAUACAUUCGUUGAGUUUUGUUUUAUGAUGCGUGCAGCGUGUUUUCUUUUACCGAGAAAUUUUAUGACUUUGAUGCACUAAUGCAAGUUAACCAACGAUGCCAACUCUAAGGAAGAGCGGCUUUUUUGUCAAAAAUAACGUCGACCUUGCUUGAAAAGUGUAGAUGUGAAAUUUGCUUUGGGCAAGUUAUUGCCAUCUUUUUGUGAAAAUACAUAUAUUUCUUUAUCAAA